UAACUUGGUAUAUCAUGUUGUAUAUGUGAUCAUCUUUUGAACACUUCCCUCACAAAAUCAUGUAUUUAUAGCAUAUAGGGGGUGUCUGAAUAAGAGGGUGGUUGAGUCCAAUACACCUUUUACUCCUUUAUUUUGGUACCAGCCCCAUUAGUUCCAAUACCCAUAUGCUCUCCUGAAAGUCGUAUUUUUGAAGAGUGUUUUCACCUCUUUUCUUUAAAUUUGAAGGUUUAAGUCUCCACUGAUCAGAGAAGCAAUGUCAGGCCCUCAGUGCUGUUCUAACCCACCAAUUAUCAAGACAAGCUGUGGUUCAGACUCUGCUGAAAAAUUUGGAGGCCUUACUGUCUAUGUGACAGGAUCUCCUAACUCCAAGCGUGCUAUUCUUCUUAUCUCUGAUGUUUUUGGAUAUGGAGCUCCCAACUUGAGGAAGCUUGCACGAAGAGUUGCCACAUCUGGAUUCUAUGUUGUAGUUCCAGACUUCUUCUAUGGAGAUGCGUUUGUGUAUGACAAUAACAGGCCUCUAGCAGUCUGGUUAAAAGAUCAUGGAACGGAUAAGGGAUUUGAAGAUGCAAAAUCAGUGAUUGACGCUCUAAUACGUCAAGGUUUUUCUGCAAUUGGAGCUGCAGGCUUCUGUUGGGGUGGCAAGGUCGUGACCGAACUUGCGAAGUCUGAGUUCAUCCAAGCUGCUGUGCUAUUGCAUCCUUCAUUUAUUUCUGUGGAUGAUAUUGAGGGGGUUAAAUCUCCAAUUGCCGUACUAGGAGCUGAGAUUGACAACUACUCUCCACCAGAACUCGUGAAAGAGUUUGAGGAGAUAUUAAAUGCUAAACCCGAGGUUGAUAGCUAUGUGAAGAUAUUUCCAAAAGUUGCACAUGGUUGGGCUGUGAGGUAUGAUGUUGAUGAUGAAGCAGCUGCAAAGAGUGCAGAGGAAGCUCAUAAUGACAUGUUGCAGUGGUUUGCUAAGCAUGUAAAGAAACAUGUGCUUGCAGCGGCGGAAUUUGAUGGGUUUGGAAAGGCCUCAUCGAUCUAGAUCAAGUCCAUCUUGGUCUGGGCUGAGAUCAUAGGGCUGAAGCUCUUUACUGAAGGUGCAGUGAUGUUGAUCGGUGCAUCAUUGGGAGAAGUGAUGGCGAUAGACAGUUCGACGGUGCGCCGUGGGAAGGCAGCACGGGUUCGAAUCCGUCAUGCAAUCUCGACCCCAGUUCGGCAUGUUUUCCCUCCCAUGUCUUACGAGUUUGCAGUGGGAGUAGGGGUCACUGUUCGCUUCAAGUAUGAGCGAUUGGUUGAGUUUUGCAGAACCUGUGGUUUUUUGGAUCAUCUUGUCUUGGGUUGCUCGGGUCUCAUCAGGUCAAAACAAUGAGGGUCAGGAUGAACCCUAACCCUACAAUCGAACAUCUCACCCAAUUGGGCAACGAAAAGAUUGAACUAUCCUUAGAAAGCCCUAUGGCUGAAACCACCAGAAAGAAAAAAAAUUAACCAGGGCAACCUAACCUGCAAUAUUAUCUUAAAGAUUUAAGACUAAAGUAACCAGUAACCAGUAACCACUAACCUGACACUACUAGGGAGAUUUCCGAAAUAGUUUAAGAGCUAACCUUAAUUUAUUCCUGCUAUCGAGAAGCCACCUAGGGGUUUUCUAGUGAAGGAAUUGUGUCCUAAAACAAUCAUUUUGAUGUAAUUAUUAUUGUAAUUAUUAUUAAUCAAAAGGGCAAGUUUAUUGUUCAUUGCUUA